AUGGCCUUGAAAAGUUGUAAUCAUCUCUGGAUCCUCGUAUCGUCGGCUAAUCCACGAGAGAGGGAUCUGCAACUGUUGCCGAAAUUGAGGCCCCUGAGGAGGGAAACCAUCUGUAGAGGAAAGGAUGCCCCAACAGAGCAAGAUCGUGCACUGAAGGCAUACUGUAUUUAUUUGCCAGAAUGUGGUCCAGUUGAUUUGAUUCUCUGGGACCCCACCUCGUACAAAUCCGCUGGCUACCGCGGGGUCCGAGAGGAAUGA